GUGAUGAUGGCGGUGCGUGAACGCGCAACGACAGCAAUGGCUGCUCUGGAUCGGCGGAUACCGAGUCUCGAUGAUUUCGUAGGCCAGAGCUGGAGUUCUUGGAUAGAUAGGGCCGGGAUUUUUGUAUCGGAAGGGUGUGAAGUGGAGGAAUGUAGCAAGAAUGGAAAGAGAAAGGUGGAAACAAUGACUCUCAGGAAAGAGGACAUGUCGACCUUCGGCCUCUGCCCGGCGCACGACGACUUCUACCUGGUGGUGUGCAGCCACUGCGGGCAGGUGGUGAAGCCCCAGGCCUUCCAGCGGCACUGCGAGGCCCGGCACGGCCCCCUGGGAAAGCUCUACGGCCGGCUCCACCCCUCGCCCUCCGCCGGGGGGCAGAGGCCCCGCCCCGGACACGCCCCCUCCCGCCCAGGGCACGCCCCCUCCCGCUCCGCCCGCGACGGCAGGCCCCAGGGGGCGGGGCCCCCCCGGGUCCCGCCGCAGCCCCCCCUGCCCCUGGCCCAGCACAGGCCCUCCAAGCCGCUGAAGGAGGGGAGCGGCUUGUCGCCAGCGGAAGAGGCCUCUCAGUCCCCGCCCCCUCCGGACUCCCCUCCGUACUCCCUGUCUCCUGGCUCCCGGGACCCCCCCUGGCCCCAGCGGUCUGGCCCCUCCCCCUCUGAGAAGCCCCUCCCUAGGCAGGGGGAGUUGGUCCGGCCCCCAGACUUCACCAGCACCCUCCGCACCACCAGAACCUACAGCAAGACCUACAAGAAAGUCCCCGCAAAAGAGUGUAACCUGGACAAGCACUGUGGAGUGCUGGACCCGGAGAGGAAGAAGCUCUGCACCAGGCUGCUCACGUGCAAUAUCCAUUCCAUCCACCAGCGUCGGAAGGUGGCGGGCAGGAGCAGGAGCUUCAACCAGCUGGUGGCCGAGCUGAAGAUGAGCUCCAGGGUUCGAGAGCGGGCGGGGCAGGCCAGGGAGGGGCCCGAGGUGGGGUCCCCCAGCCCCGAGCCCCCUGGGGGCCAAACGGGGGGCCCAGCCUGCAGGCGGCGGCUUGUCAACUGUGCGGCGCCCAGGUCCAGGACUCCCUCGGGGAGCGGUGCGGAAGAGGGGGAGCACCAGGAGGAGGAGCCCCCUCACGCCUCCACCCACACCCCCGCCCACAGCCGGCUCUCCAGCGAGGAGAGCGAGGGGGAGGGGCAGGAGGAGCCCCCGGACCUCCCCUCCACCCCCUGGCACCCUAAACCACUUGCGCUGUGUUCGUUCGGCAGUCAUGCUCUGGGCCGCAGCGUCUUCACCUUCGAUCGUAGGCUGCACCACCUGCGGUCGGCUCUGAACACCAUGGUGGAGCAUCACCUCAGCGCUCACCUGUGGAAGAAAAUACCUCAAGCUACAGACCUUCAGUCUCAGCGAACUUCGGCCACACCCCCUACCAUCACCUCUCCACACUUCAACUCUCAGCAUUCCACAGGCGGCAUCACAAGAGGGGCAGGGCUUCACGGUGCUGCUUCCUCCCUCAGGACUAGUGCUUCCUCUUCUUCCUCUUCCUCGCUCGGGGCGGGGAGGGGGGGGCGGCCUUCAAACUCCUCCCCCAGUCCGGGCUCUGCCUGUAGGGUGUCGGAGGGGAAGGGCGGGGGCCAGCCAAUCACGUCGCCCCUUCAGACCAGCACGCCCUCCCCCUCGGGUGAAACUCGGCCUCGUAACCCAGUGGGCCGUCCCAGCAAGCACCAGGCCCGCCUGAAGGAGGCUGAGCGCCCCUCCCCGCCCACGCCCCCCAAGAGGAGGAAACCCCCCCCAGAAGACCACUCCCCCUCCCCCGCCCGCGAAAGGAACUGCUCCGCACACGAAAGGGGCCGGCCCCCAGGCUCCUCCAGGACCACGCCCUCCCCCCACGGACCAAUCAACGGCGCUCUCUCGCCAGGGAGCAAGCCGCCACGCCCCAAACCUCCCUCUCCGGAGCCCCGCCUACCCUCCCCCGGGCUGUCCAAGUGGCCUCUCCCCCUCGGCCACGCCCCGCCCCCAAGUCACGCUCAGCCCCCUCCUCCCGACCCCUCCUCCCGGGGCAGAGGCGGGGGCCCCGGGCCCCACAGAAAGGCCGUCAGCUAUGACCACAAGGGCCUGGGGAAGAAGCGCAAGAGUGGCUGUCCCCCGACCCUGCCCCCCCCGCGCCCCUCCAAAGUGCCCCGCCUGUCGGCCGCCUCCCAUUCCGGCUGCUUCUCCUGGAAGAAGGACGGCAGAGUGGGCGGGGCCUCCGCAGGGCUGGGGAAGGGCCUCGGGAAGAAGGACGGCAGAGUGGGCGGGGCCCCCGCAGGACUGGGGAAGGGCCUCGGGAAGAAGGACGGCAGAGCGGGCGGGGCCCCCGCAGGGCUGGGGAAGGGCCUCGGCGCACAGAAGCCAAAACUACAUCACUGAGAGUGCCUGCCUUUAAUGCCACCAGGAGAAGAACCGUCCUGCAGUCCGACACCACAGACUGCACACAGAACUUUACUAGUGUGCGUGUACUGUACCUGUAUGCUGACGUGUGUGCGUGAGUGUGUGUAUGAGAGAGAAUGAAUGAAUGAAUUACCUGUGUAUAAAUAUAGAAAUACCUCAAGAUCUACCUGUUAUGCUGCUAAACAGAUGAAUAUGUUGAUAUAUGAAAUAAUGGAUUAAAUAUCCAUUUCACUUGAA